GUCUGUGUAGAUACGCGGGCGCCGCCUGCAUUCAAUUUGUUCACGACCGCAGUGACGCAGUUCUGCCCCAAAUUGAACAAUAAACAAAUAUUAGCGUUCUUUAUAAAAAAAAUAAGAAAAGGAACGCCGAGAGUGAUGGAACGCUGGAGGGGCAGAGUUGCUCUCGUCACCGGAGCCUCGGUUGGAAUCGGAGCGGCCAUUGCUAAAGAGUUGGUCAGUUUCGGUAUGAUAGUGGUGGGCUGUGCGAGGGACCUGGACAAAUUAAAGUCCGUGGCAGCCGAGUGUCUCAGUGAAGGCCACAGUGGCGUUCUGGUACCGUUCAAGUGCGACCUGACUAGUGAAGAGGAUAUCGCUUCCAUGUUCUCGGCUAUCAAGGCCCAGCAUAAGGGCGUGGACGUGUGCAUCAACAACGCAGGCGCAGCUCAUCCUGAACCCCUGCUGAGUGGCAGAACAAGCGGCUGGAAGAACAUGUUGGACCUGAACGUCCUCGCCUUGUCCAUAUGUUCACGAGAGGCUUAUCAGUCCAUGAAGGACAGAAAUGUUGACGACGGACAUAUUAUCAACAUAAACAGCAUGGCCGGUCAUCGCAUGGUCAGCAACCCAGAUGUGCACUUCUACAGCGCCACCAAGUUUGCAGUGACGGCGCUGACGGAGGCUCUGAGGCGGGAGCUGCGAGAGGCCAACUCCCACAUCCGUACCUCUUGUAUUUCCCCUGGCCUGGUGGAGACUGAAUUUGCUCUUCGUCUCUACAGUGGCGACGCUGAAAAAGCUGACAAAGCUUUCAGCAAAUACAAGCCGCUGGACGCUAAAGAUGUUGCUGAUGCUGUCACCUACGUCCUCAGUGCCCCUCCACACGUGCAGGUUGGUGAUGUUCAGAUGAGACCCGUGGAGCAGUCCUUGUAGAAGCAGUUCUAAAACUAAUGUAACUAACGCUCUUAUUGUGCAUUCUUUCAUUUCUAUCUUUUGGAAAUGAUGAUUACACUCUAAAGUAAAAAAAAAAAAAAAAAAAGUGCACUUUGUCAUUACUAAUCACCUAUAACACAUUUGCAACAGCAUAAAAAAUACAAUUAUACAAAAAGGAUAAACAAUUAAAAACAAAGUGAUUGUCAGCAUACAACGAUGCCUUCAAUGUCUAGUUUAUUUCAAGUCACCUGGACCACUGCAAUGCACUUUAUGCUGGCAAUAGCCAAAAAGCUCUCCCCCGGUUACAGUUAUUCCAGAACGCGGCAGCACGACUUUUAACAGGGGCCAGGAAACGCGAGCAUCAUUUUUAAGACUUUGCACUGGCUCCCUGUUCAUUUUAGAAUUUAUUUUAAAAUUUUGCUGUUUGGUUUUAAAGCUUAGCAUGGAUUGGCACCUCAUUGUAUCCAAAUUUACACUCCUGCGCGCGCUCUGAGAUCCGAGAGCCAGCUCCAGCUGGUGGUGCCCAAGACGAGACAUAAAACCAGCGGAGACAGGGCCUUCUCUAAGCUCUGGAACACUCUGCCCCUCCAUGUUCGAACUGCUCCCACAGUGGAGUGUUUUAAGUCUCGUCUUAAGACCCACUUUUAUUCUCUGGCUUUUAACACUACGUGAGUUGUGUGGUCCUCUGUGUUUUUAAAAUGUUUUUUCUAUUUACUGUUUUAAUUGGUUUUACUCUUUAAAAUCGUUUUUAAUCAUAUCUAUUUUUAUAUUUAUUUAUUUUGUUUUUAUUCAGUCAUUGGUGGAGCUAAAGAUAGUAUUUGAAUCUUGUUUUUAAUAUUUUUGUGCAGCACUUUCGAAACAUUUUGUUGUUU